AUGAAUAUCACCCACUUCCUCCGUCACCCGCUUGUCGGCGCGUACUGUGUUACGCCCUCGGAGCACUUCAGGCGCCACGUCUCCGCAGAUGGGACGCGCGUGCGAAGCGACCGCAUUGGGAAGGCGGGUAGCCUGGCUAUGCUUAAACCCGAACCCGAAACGAACCUCGCCGGUGACGCAGCCUGGUUCGGGGUGCUCUCGUGGAUUGAGCCCUCGGAAAUGGUCAAAGACCCUCUCCCUCGCAUGUGCGAGGUUUGGUGGGUAUACACCCGCCAGCACCUCAUCGACCUCGUUGAGGGAGGCGACGCGCCGGACAAGGAAGAGCUUCUGGCUACUCUGAGGUCGUGCUCCCGGAGGCAGGCGUGGGUCUCAGACCACUAUUCCGAAGAGCCUCUCGGCUCGGUCAUGACUAUCCCAACCUACGCUGAGGUCACCUCGCGCAUCAGGAUCUCGGGCGGUCGCUACGUCAAGGUAGACGUCGACAUCGGGUCUUACGAGUUUGUGAACAUGUUAGAGGUUUAG